AACUUCAUUGAGUGAAGAGGCAGAACUCCGACAUGCCACUACAGACAGGUCUAGCAUUCCACCGGAAGCGACAGACGAUAGAGAACCUGACACUAGAACGUCCUCAGAAUCUCCAAAGUUUUUACGAGGCCGUGGAAGAGGCGCUGAAGAAGAUCGAAAACCAUCUUUCCUACAUAGAACUGGAGUACUAUGGAAUGGACAGAUCCCCGGAUGAAGAAAUUAAAAUCUGGCUUCCGGCGCUGGAGAUCGUUAUGACGCAUGCCAAGACAGGGAUUCUUGUAUCAAAGCAACAGUUGAAGGACGUAUUCGAUUUGUAUGAUCGGUCAAUCGGUGAUCCAACGAUGGUUGUCAAUUUGGACAAGGAAGCUGUUCAAACCACUUUAGAAGUUAUAAAUAAAGUUGAUCUCUAUAUUCGUCAAAAAUUCAAGAGUAUCAUUGAUGGAAUUUUAAUCGUGUUGGGAUACAUGAAGAAAUAUUGUCUGAGUUUUUGUGGUGUCAGUGGAGAUUCGUAUCUCGAAACUGCUACAAACUACGAAAAGCAACGACGCGAGCUCGCUGAGGCUAUUAAAAUCAAUCUAGACGACAUCCCAGUUAUGAUGGAUAAAUUUGAAAACGACGGCAUACGAAUCACGGAAUUGGGAUCGGUCCCACGACGAAUAGCCGAGCGCGUGCAAUGUGGUCACGUGCCAUUUCUAGUGAUGUUUUCAGGAGCGUGUGAAAAUAUACGAAACGCUUGUAUAGGAGUGCGGAAAUGGAUCCAAGCAGACGAUGGAUAUGCAACAUUUAUUCAAUUCGAUAUUACAGACUUGGAAAAGAAAAAGGAAAUUGAUGGAAAAUUAUUGCGUGAUUUACAAAUACGAGUGUCGCAUUUGGAUCAUCGAUUUAAAGUUUGCAAGCGGGAUAUCCAAGAAUGCGUCGGUGAGUUAAAGAGAGUUGCAGCUAAAGAAAAAAGCCUAAGGCGACAAGAGGAACAGUUAAAGGAAGAUCUACAUGACUUAGCAAUGGAAAUGGAGGUCAAGGAGAUCCAAAGAGAUGAAGCACGGAAGGAGGUCUCCGAGUCACCAUUAAAGGUGCGGGAGAAAGUAGAAAAACUUAUUUCUGAAAUCGAACAAAUGAAACUGAAGAAGCCCGUGCUAGAGAGGAAAGCAGACGACGUAAAACGUAAAUUGGAAUUCAUGAAAUUUCGACGUGAACUGAAAAACAAACGAGAAGACCAAUUACGCGAGAUUAAAGAGGAGCUACGAGAGGCUAGACGAGAUUUGAGGAGAACGGAAGUGGAAUGUGAUAGACUUGAAAGAAAUAUUCUCAAGCUGAGAGAAAUUCACAGAUUUAAAACAAGCUCAGAGGUUUUGAAGAAACUAUUUUAUAACAUGCCACUCACUAAUAAGGGAGCUGCAGGGGGCGGUACAAGAAAAAAGAAAGGGACCGUUAUAGCAUUUCCUGACUUGCCGUUCGCAGAUGAGGAUAAAUUAGAGAGGGCCACUCGAAUAACCUCAGUCAAUAUUGACAAAGAUUGGAUCCCCCUUUACCGAGCCCUACCCUUUCACCCACCACGAGGAGAGGAAAAUCUUCGCCAGGAUAUUGAUGAGAUCAACAAUGUAUUUCUUAGAGACACAGUAGAGGUUCAUGCAAAACAGGCGCUUUAUAGGUGGCGCCGCAUGCACACCCGCGCAAGCGUGGACGACCUCAAGAAAACUCUAAUUGCGAUCAAGAGAAAAGAGGUUGCAGAUAAAGUAGAUGAGGAACUAAGUAAGAAAAGACCUAUCAAGGCAAAGGCUCCACAGGCUAUUCGGUUUCCUAAGGUGCUUGUACAGACUCAGCAAGUGCGCGUCCGACACAGUUUGUCAGGUGCUGUUAAAUAA